AUGACGAACAUCUACUUCAAGAAGAAGUCGGCCAAAGCCAACGGCAUCGCGCUGUGCGGCGCCGGGCUCGGCGGCCUGCUCAUCCCGCUCGUCGUAGAGAGGCUGGUCGAACUGUACGGCUUUCAGGGAGCAUUCCUCAUCAACGGCGCGAUGGCCCUCAACACGGCCGUCAGCGCCGCCGUCUACCGGCCGCUGCGAGGGGGCGCCACCGCCGCCACCGCCGCCGCCAGAAUGCGCGCCGAGUCGCUGCCGGCGAGCCCCAGCACGAAGGAGCUGCUUGAAUUCGACCAGCUCUCCAAGGGUGUCGACGACGAGAACUCUACGGGAAGCGUCCGGUAUGACGUCACCGCCGCGAACGGGUCGGUCGAUGGCACGGUUGACGGGUCGGUCAACGGCGCAGUUGACAGCGCAGUUGACAGCGCAGUUGACAGCGCAGUUGACGGCGCAGUUGACGGCGCAGUUGACGGCGUGGUUGACGGCGCGGUUGACGGCGUGGUUGACGGCGCCGUCGCGCCGAAGAAGAAGAAGAAACGCGUCUUCGCGUGGGAGGUGUUCAAGGACGCUCGCUUCUGGUUCCUCGGCUUCGCAAUGGUGUGCCAGGACGCCGGCGCGAUGAACUACGCCAUCUACCUACCCUACAAGAGCAUCGAGGUGGCAUGCGACGCGGCCUCCCCAUCGUCAUCGUCGUCGUCGUGCGAGCCUGACAUCAACAUCGCGCUCGCCGUCGCCAUCUUUAGCACGUUCGACAUGUUCGGCCGGCUGCUCAUCAGCGCGCUGUGGGACGUCGGCUGGUUCAGCCGCAUGUACGUGCGCCAGGCCGGCUACGUCUUCUUCGGGCUCACAUGCGGCGUGAUGAUCUUCGGCACGAUGCCGCUGAGCAGCUUCGUGCUGCUUCAGUUCUACGUCGCUGUGACGGGGUUCCUGUCGGGCUCCGGCAUCUCGCCCGUGUUCGUCAUGGUGCAGGACAUCGCGGGCAAGGACCGCUACCAGGACGCGCUGUCCGGCUGCAUGGUCAUCGAGGCGCCGAUGAACCUGAUCGCGCCGAUGCUCAUAGCUCCGAUUGGUACGAUGCUGUGUAAGAGGUGGGGUCACCAGCCGAUAGCCUUUCUUGGAGCGUUCCUCACCAGCGGAGGACUGAUGCUGAGUUACUUCGGAACCAGCCUGCUGUACUUGAUGUUGACCUUCGGUGUCAUGGCAGGUUUCAUAUACGACGCGACCGGCAACACGGACGUCGCAAUGAUGGUGAUGGGAGCCAUCUUUUUCUCUUCCGGAAUACUGGGACUGUUCCUACCGCUGUUGACGAGGACGCGCUACCGGGUAGACACCGAGAAGGUGAAAACGGUGCCUCACCACUACGAAGACACGAUAUCAUCUGCCGUCAUCAUGGUGCACCUGUGA